UUAUUUUGAGAGUGGUAUCUUGAGAGUAUCUUUGAAGAUACAGGAGAAAUCAAAAACCUCAGCAAUUGUAGAGGAAGCGACGGAAGCACAGAGUAAUGUGGCAUCAGCAGAUUUAAGGUCCCGAUAGGACAUCAUCGUGUUACCGCGUGACUUUUGAGCAGGUAGACCGAGCGUAAAUUCGAUGAGCUUAUGAGCAGAGAUGCCGGUGUCAAAAGAGGAGAUUGAAGCAAUAUCAAACCCAGAUGCGCAGAUUGAAUCAAGAGUAUGACCGUGGGUGUUUAGAAGUUCACUGAUCGGCUACGUGGGAAAUACGAAUCUCCGCCUGCCACCUGUCUGACAGGUCCUGUCAGGGUUAUGGCCUGAUCUGUUUUUACUGGCUAUGCUAUGAUUUAUGUAUAAAUCAACAUUUAAAACGUUUUACCAUCACGUUUUAGGUGUAUUAAACAAUGAAGGAGGUUUGUUUUUGUUUUUUUUUUGACCUUUUCUCACCAGGCUUUGCUGGGGGCACUUGAUCUCAUCAACCCCGCAGUCAAGACCCAAACAACUUUUAGGUUACUUACGUAACCCCGGUCCCUCUGAUAACAUGAGUGAGCGGAUGUUUGAACGAAAACCAAGUUAACCAUGUAACAAGAUGAAAAAGUACACAACUAGAGGAUAAAAUACCUUCAUCUGCCACUUUAAGCGUUUUUUUUGUUUGUUUGUUUGGGGGGGGUGUUUACUAAAAUUGACACCGUUACUAUGGCAACGUUCACACGGCUAGACGCCACCAUCGGUCACGGUCUUCAAUCGAGAGACAUCCCGUCUCCAUCAUAACAGUAGUCGGUGGAGGAUUUCGUCUUCGGCGACGUCUGCGAGGCGUUUCGAGAGGAGAUCUACGCCGCGGGGUUGGAGAGUCCUCUUUUAGAGCGUGCUCGUUUCACACCCGUGAUCUCUACUGGAUUUUUCUCCCUGUCCCGCUACACGUUUCUCGAGAGGAAGUCGUCUAUAUAACGGGUUACAAUGUAACCGCGGUUGUACGUUUCCAUUUUUGAGCCUCCGAUUGACUGCAGGUAGGAACUAAAGUUGCGAGUGGUGUCCUGAAGACACGGCAGACCACACAGGAGGACCGAGCCAAGCUUUCGGAUUCGUCGCCUGAUUCCAGACCUGAUUCGCUCGUUGCUUGCUAGCGUAUCCUGGGGAGUGAAGAUCAGGAAGAAGCUGAAGCCCAUGGCUCCGUUUCUUGGCACAUUCAGGCCUCUGGUGGGACAGAGCUGCCAUCAGUGCGCCCCGGAGAGUGUGGGUCGUCAGCUGCUGAAGAGCGCUCCGUUACUCGGCUUCCGGAACCUUCUGUUAGUGAAGGAAACACACACCAGGUACCGAGGAUGGCUGGUAAGAAGAGUGUGUUGUGUGCUGUUUAUCUGCGGCCGGAAGGUCGACUCGGGUCCUGCUGGAGACAGACUGCUUCGGAUCUGCGGCACAGACGGGGUGAAGCGGGUCCUGACUCCACAGAGCGGUGCGGAAGAGUGUGGAGAAGACACCCGAGGCAUUCUGGCUCUCGCUGAGGCAUCUCAAUCUCCGUCCUUGAUCCGGUUGGUUGGCUGGUUGCUCUUGCGGAUCUUCUCUCUGAUGUUCUGCAGCGUGCAGGUGAACCUCAGACAGAUGGUCGCUCUCCAUCGAGCCACACAGCAGAACAUCCCGCUGGUGUAUGUGUACAUUCGCCAGGGUGCUGUUGAUCAGGCUUUGAUCUCUCUGACUCUUCUCUGUCAAAACCUGAAAGUCCCUUACAGCGUCUAUCCAGCUCGAGUUCACAACAGAUUGAUGAGGGUCAUCCUGCAGAAACUCGGCGUCAUUUCUCUCCCUGAUCACGCAGCCACGGAGCAGGAGGCAGAAACCCACAGCGUGUACUCUCCCGUCAUGACCUCGCUGGUUGGCGAGCUGCUGAUGUCAGGGGAGAGUCUCAGCGUGGGUGUGUGUGAGGAGAGUGGUUAUGGAGGGCAGUGGCUGGCACGGAUUCGUCAGGCUGUGGCUGAGGGCCUGGUGCCAGACGUGAACGUGGUGCCAGUCGGAAUCUCCUACGACUGUCCUCCUUCAUGCCAGUCCACACGCCCUGGGCCUGGCGUGCUGUCUGUACUGCGGUUUGUGCUUUCCCUUCUGAGUGCUGAUGAAAGAGGAGGUGUGAGGAUCCAUUUCGCUCAGGCUUUCUCUCUGAAGGAGAUGUGUGACAGUGGGAAAUGGCGUGUGGACGGACGAUGCCCCCUACAGGACCUCCUGCUGCCAACUGUCCUUCACAACAGGAAGCACACCACAUUUGGGCAAAAAGAUGUUUCCUGGCUCCUUCCACCGACUUUUCUGCCUGAACUGUCCCACAGUGAGAGGCAGCUGAGCGCCGCUUUGACACUGCACCUGAUGCAUUCGGUGACCAGCAGCAUGGCCGUGAUGUCUACCGGUGUCAUGUCCUGUUUGCUCCUCCAUAAACACCGCAGGGGGGUGCGUAUGUCUGUGUUGUGUAGAGAUUUUUGUUGGCUGUUGGAGGAGCUGUUGAUCAGGCGCUAUGAUGCUGGUUUUGGAGGCACUCUGCUCAGUGUGGUGUACCACGCUCUCUGUGUGCUGCGUCCCCACCUGCUGAUUGCUACAGUGCCCGCUUUAGGAGAGCUGGUGGUGAUAGCUCGGCCCGACCCACACACACUGCUCACACUUGGCCGGCACAGCCAGCAACUCACACACGUCUUCAUCACAGAGGCUGUGGGAGCCUGUGCGGUCUCUGCCUUGCUGUGUGAGGUGGCAGGAUGUGGAGGAAGAGAGAUGGAGUUUGAUGUUGCACUUGGUCAAGAGGAGCUGACUGAAAAAAGCCUACAGCUUACACACCUACUGCCAGCUGGGUAUAUACCGCCAUGCCAAACGGCGAACAGUUUUGCUCUGGAUGCAGUGGACAGCAUGGUGCGCUGUGGGAUUCUUGUCAUGGAGGAGGUGCAGCGGGAUACUCCCCUGUGUGAUUUCUGGAAAAAGCAGGGUGUUUUCUCAUUUACUUCUUCAGAUGACCCUGAACACUGCAGUGACUCAGAGUGUGAGGAACAGGACACACGCUCAUACAAGCUGGGUCAGCCGUCUCAGUGUCCCGAGCUGUUGUUCUUUCUCUGUAGUUUACUGAGUGUCCAGCUGAGGGCGCUCUGCUGGGCUAUAGAGAGCAUGGACCUGCUGCCCUUUCCCCUCACAGAGACGGCGUGUGUGACUCAACUCCACGCUCACCUGAGAAACAAAGCUCAGCUGGACAAAGUGCACCACGAGAGCUCCUCGAUAAAGCUGGUGAGAACGGCCCUGCGAACCCUGACUGAUUGUGGCGUGCUGACGGAGGACCGGCAGAGCGAGGCGGUGUACCUAGAGAUCAGUCCUCUUUUCCUCCAGGCCGAGAACAAACGCAAGCUCUUCCAGUUCGUCUCGCGGUUCCUCAAGGGCUGACGCAGGAGAAGCGCACGUCUCUGCACCGCUCCAGGUUUAGUUUAGUUACAAAAUAUCGGUGUUUCUGGUAAUCCGCUUGGAGCAAGAUGUGGACUUGAACGUGGACCUUUUAAAAACUGCAUUCGGUUUCUCUCUUACUUAUAAAUAUGUAGUUUGGAAAUGUUUGUUGUGGUUUUCAGUUUUGCACUGAAGCAGUGAGCCUGAUGUGCUGUAGCUAACAAGUAAAGCUCAUCUCUAGCAGUUUAGCAUCAUGACACCUAGAGCAUUUAAUCCUUUAUUUGUACAGAUAGAUUACUAAACCAGGCACGUGUGUGACGAUUUAAGCGUUCAGUUUCCACACUGCUGACAGUUUAGAGCCUCGUAGCUCUAGUGCAAAACUGAAGCCUGAGCCCUGAGCUACAUGCUGUGUGUUGUGUGUGUUCGUGUCAUUCGAUAUGAUGCUGCUAGUAGGCUGUGAGUGAAAAUAUUAGUAGGAUUUUGAGUUGAAAAUUGUUGCUUUGUUUGAUUUGAAGAAAGGAAUACAGGUUUUUGUUUUGCACCGUC